AUGCGUCUUUCAAUCGGAUUCGUUCUUGUCUUUACUACAAUUGCUUUCGUACAAAGCAAUCCUCUCUUCAAUCAACUUGCUCUCCAACCAGUUCUCUCAAAUCAAUUCAAUGGUUUACAAGGCCUUCUUCCGCAAUACGCAGAUUUAAUCAAUAAAUUCCAGAACCUCGCUCAACAAGCUGCCACUAACUUGACACCAGAUCAAUUGCAAACACUUGCUCAACAGGCUUUUCAACUCGCUCAGAAUGUCCUCAGUAAUCAAAUCGAUGCAAAUACAGCCGCCAGUCAAUUAUUGAACGAAGUUCAGCAAUUGCUUAAUCUUGAUGGUGCAGGCUUAACACGUCCAGCACUCAGCACACGUGGUAAAUUCAACCCAUUUCAAGGAUUUUUUGAUCACGUCCAAAAUGCAAUGAACCAAUUCCAAAACGCUGCUCAACAAUUUGCCAAUACAUUCGACCCCAAGAAAAUCGAAGAAGUCAGCAAAAUAUGCUUUCAACUCGUCGAAAGCAUUAUCAAUGGUCAAGUCGAUGCCAAAAUUGCAGCCAGUGAAUUGCUACUUCUCAUUGAGCAAACAUUUGGUUCAGAAAAUGGAUUCGUCAAGACAUUUGUCACCGGUUCUCAACAACUAAUCAACUUCGUUAGUGAAAUCUUACCUCAUACACAAGAAGUUAUUGGUCAAAUCGAAAGUUCAGUAAACGAAUUCCAAAAUAAUGUGGAACAUUUUGCCAAUACACUUACAUUUGAACAGUUACAAGCACUUAGUGAAGUCUUUUCUCAACUUGUUCACAGUGUUCUCAGUGGUAAAGUCGAAGCUAAAGUUGCUGCCAAUGAAUUAUUGCUUCUCAUUCAACAAUCGUUCGGCACGGACAAUGAAUAUCUCAAUGCUUUCUUUCAUGGUGCUCAACAAUUGAUUAACUUUGUUAGUGACAAAUUGACUCGUCCAGCAAAUAAAAAAAGUCUUUCACUGGUCAACAAUGUACAAGGACUCCUUGCCCAAUAUGGAAAUGUACUCAGUCAAUUCCAAGGUCUCGCUCAACAAGUUACUAACGCUCUUUCGCAAGCUCAAUUACAAACACUCGGUCAACUAGCUGCUCGACUUGCUCAAAGUGUUUUCACUGGUCAAGUCGAUGUAAACACAGCUGCAAGUCAAUUAUUAAGCCAAGUUCAACAAUAUCUUGGCUCUAAUACUGAACUUUACAAUGCUGUUGUCAACGCUGUUCAACAAUUAGUCGCUUUCAAUCAAGGACACUGA